GCUCUCAACAGGAAGUACAGAAGGUCAACGCUGGAAAAGUAACAACAUUUUCACUUCCUGUUUGAGCGUAGAUUUUCAAGAUGUAUGACAACAAACAUCGAAAGUACCCGAGUACGUGUGUGUGUGUGUGUGCGUGUGUGUGUGUGUGUGUGUGUGCGUGUGUGUGUGCGCGUGUGUGUGUGUGUGUGUACGAGGCAUAUGUCCAGUCACCAUACGCCCUUGCAUUUGUGUGGCGUGUCACCCACGCAAUACUAUUUUUAUCCCAAGAGUCGUGAGGGCGAGUACAUGCAUAUAUGUGUGUGUGUGUGUGCGUGUGUGUGCGUGUGUGUGUGUGUGUGCGUGUGUGUGUGUGUGUGCGUGUGUGUGUGUGUGUGUGUCAUCAGGUUACAUUGUGUGUAAGUGGACUCCUCUUUGUCCUGGAGGAUAAUUUUAGACAGACGGCCACUGGAACUUUCAACAGGGAGGAAGGCCAUCUCCCGCUCAGGCCUCCAGCACCUCGGUCCUCCUCCUCUGGCUCCGCCUCCGGCCUCCAACGGGCCCAACAAGGAGCUGCGCACCUGCAUGGACUGGACGGAGAACGCCCUGAACGGGGAUCACCUGUGGAUGGAGACGAGUUGUUCAGGAGACCUCUGUUACCUCGGAGAGGACACCUGCCUACUGAAGGCCGCAAAGUCGGCGCCCAGAAGGAAAUGUGCCGCCUGUAAGAUCGUUGUUCACUCCGGCUGCAUCGAGCAACUGGAAAAGAUUAACUUCCGAUGCAAGCCGACCUACAGAGAGGGAGGAUCCCGCUGCAUGCGAGAUCAGAACAUACUGAGACAUCACUGGGUUCACAGAAGGAGACAGGAGGGCAAAUGUAGACAGUGUGGAAAGAGCUUUCAACAGAAGUUCUUUCACAGUAAAGAAAUAAUCGCCAUCAGCUGUUCUUGGUGUAAACAGGCAUUCCACAACAAGGUGACGUGCUUCAUGCUGCACCAGAUCGAGGAGCCGUGUUCCCUGGGGGCGCACGCCGGGGUCAUCGUGCCCCCCUCCUGGAUCAUCAAAGUCAGGAGGCCACAGAGCUCACUCAAGAACUCUGCCAGGAGAAAAAAGCGGACGUCAUUUAAACGAAGGACGAGCAAGAAGGGGCUGGAUGAGUCUAAAUGGCGUCCGUUCAUGCUGAAGCCGCUUCCUUCUCCUCUCAUGAAGCCCAUCUUGGUCUUCGUCAAUCCGAAGAGCGGCGGAAACCAGGGCGCCAAGGUGCUCCAGAUGUUCAUGUGGAUCCUGAACCCUCGGCAGGUCUUCGACCUGUCCCAGGGGGGGCUGCGAGAGGCGUUGGAGUUGUACCGUAAAGUGCCAAAUCUGAGGAUCCUCGCCUGCGGAGGGGACGGCACGGUGGGCUGGAUCCUGUCCACUCUGGACGAGCUGCAGAUGAACCCUCAGCCUCCGGUGGCGGUUCUUCCUCUGGGAACAGGAAACGACCUCGCCAGGACGCUCAACUGGGGCGGGGGCUACACGGACGAGCCGGUGUCCAAGGUUCUGUGUCACGUGGAGGACGGUUCUGUGGUGCAGCUGGACAGGUGGAACCUCCUGGUGGAGAAAGGCGCCGCGGAGCCAGAGGAAGGAACACAGAAGCUGCCUCUCAACGUGUUCAACAACUACUUCAGCCUCGGCUUCGACGCUCACGUCACGCUGGAGUUCCACGAAUCCAGAGAGGCCAACCCCGAGAAGUUCAACAGUCGCUUCCGCAACAAGAUGUUCUACGCAGGAGCUGCGUUCUCAGAUUUCCUCCAGAGAAGCUCGAGGGAUUUGUCCAAACACGUCAGAGUGGUGUGCGACGGCACCGAUCUGACUCCUAAGAUCCAGGAGCUGAAGUUCCAGUGCAUUGUGUUUCUAAACAUUCCCAGGUACUGUGCGGGCACCAUGCCGUGGGGAAACACCGGCGACCACCGGGACUUUGAACCGCAGCGCCACGACGACGGCUGCAUCGAGGUCAUCGGCUUCACCGUGGCCUCGCUGGCGGCGCUGCAGGUCGGCGGUCACGGAGAGAGGUUGCACCAGUGCAGAGAAGUCGUCCUCACGACCUUCAAGACCGUACCUGUUCAGGUGGACGGUGAGCCGUGUCGACUGGCUCCCUCCACCCUCCGCAUCUCCCUCCGAAAUCAGGCCAACAUGGUCCAGAAGAGCAAGAGACGCACCUCUGUGCCCCUGCUCAACGAUCCUCACGCGGUUCCAGACCGACUGCGUCUGCGAGUGAAUCGGAUCAGCCUCCACGAGUACGACCGGCUGCAGUACGACAAGGAGCGGCUCCGGGACAUCUCCAUCCCAGUAGGCAUCGUGGUGGUGAGGGGGGACUGUGACCUGGAGACAUGCAGACUCUACAUUGACCGACUCCAGGAGGACUUACACCAGGCGCCAUCUGCUGGCCACAGGGUGCACUACCAGGACGAGAGCCGAGGCGUCCCCAGGACCAGUUCCACCAGUAGACUCUCUCCCAGCUGGAGCUUCUUGGAUUCCACGUCAGCUGACCGCUUCUACCGCAUUGACAAAGCUCAGGAGCACCUCCACUUUGUGACAGAGAUCUGUCAGGACGAGGUGUUCAUCCUGGACCACGAGGGGCCGACGGUGAACCAGGGGUCGAUGCCCGAUCUGGUGGUGGAGCCGACUACCGGUGUUUCCUUGACCCCCGACGAACAAGCUCUGCUGACGGCGGCCGGAACAGGAGACCUGUCGAUGCUGUCGGAGUGUGUCCACCGAGGCGUCAGCCUGCUGGUCAGAGACUCCAGAGGCUGCUCGGCGCUGCACAUCGCCGCCCAGAACGGACACGAGGACCUGGUCGGCUUCAUCCUGCAGCAGGGUUCGAAGGUGCUUCUGGAUCUGACCGACAGAGAGAAAGGGGACACUGCCUUGCACAAAGCAGCCUCACAGAAGCAGCAUGCCGUGUGUCGGUUGCUGGUGAAGGCCGGAGCGUCACUCGAAAAGACCAACUUUCAGGGGGAGACGCCGGCCGACCAGGCGAAGGGCGACUCGGAGCUCGCCACCUCCCUCAACGCCCGGCAGCACGAGGACCUGGAGACGGCUGUCUGAGGCGCACACACACACACACACACACACACACAUGCACACACACACACACACAUGCACACACACACGCACACACACACACACACA